UUUGAUGGGACUUUUAUUGAAAUGAAACGGAACAAAUGUCUGCUUUCUGCGCCGCACCAAAGUGCUCAGAAAAGUGUAGUGAAGGUACUGCUAGAAGGGGUAUUCUACAAAGAAGGUUCCACGGGCAGGAAAAUCGAACCAUUCUGAUCCACAGCAAGAAGCAACAGAAGGAUGUAGUCCAUCUGUCACCCAUGAGAAAAAUCUGAAGGGUGACAGCACUGAAAAGCAGUCAGAAAAGAUGGUUGAAUCCCCUUCUACAGAGAAAUGCAGCCAAAUAUCAGUUUUAGGAGAUGGUCAGCCUGGGAUUGGGGACCUGGUACUUGCUGCAGAGUUGGUGGAAACUGUGAAUGAUACAGUGUGCCAUGUCCAAAAAGAGGCCUGGGCACGACAAGUGACAGGACAUGACCAUGGUUCUUAUGCCAUCCCUGAGGACCUGCUAGUAUUGAAGCAGAUGGUGAGGGAACUGAAAAAGACCAUUUAUCAGCAGACACAAGGACUCUCUGCACUGCAGUCAGCAUUAACAUUGAAAACUGAAGAGUACCAGGAGCUGAAGGAGAAAGCAGAGGAUGAGAAGUGCCAAUUGUCAGUGGAGUUGGGCCAACAGAACUCUGAGCUGGAGGCAGAGAAUACCAAUCUGCGUUUCCAGAAAGCGAGUCUUGAUAAUAUGGUGCAAAACCUCAAGGAACAGAUAGACUCUAGUGCUGGUGCUGUUCUCUUCAUGAGUCAGCAACUGAAAGAGAAUCAGAUCCCUGUGAAAGAGGCUGCCUUCACCAUGGAGAACAUCAAAGAGGACAAGAAAUGGGUGCGAUUUUACACUGGGUUUGAUAGCUAUGAACGUUUCCUAACAUUCUUGGAGUUUGUGACUGGAGAUGUUGAACUGUGUGCUGGAAAAAUCCGUGGCCACUUUAGUAAAGGGAAAAUAGACGUUGGUCCUAACAUGACACUGAGCCAUGAAGACCAGCUUCUUCUUGUUUUGGUGAGGCUUAGACUUGGCCUUCUGCUUCAGGAUUUGGCUUUUCGUUUUAGGGUGUCAGAAUCUACUGCCUCUCGGAUUUGGUUGAACUGGACUGAGGUGAUGCAUACAAGACUCUUACAGAUUCCAGUUAUAUACAGCCAGAAGUAUAUUGAUAGUUUCCAGCCUAAGAGAGUCAUCCACCACCAGGGUAUCACACUUACCAUCUUGGAGUGCACAGACCUUUUCUUUGAUGUCAGUGCUAAGGACCGCACUAAGCUGUCGAACACUAGACCUUACCGUGAUCACUAUAUUCGCCAUGGCUAUGUCAUUGCUUCCCCAAAUGGUUUCAUGACUUUCAGCUCUAGUCUGCCUUUUGGAAUUGCAGGAAGAGUGGGAGAAGAACACAUCACUUCAGGAGAGGAAGAGUGGGAAAGUGAACAAGGGGUUUCCACACUCAGCCUCCCUCCGUUCUUGCAGAAUAUUCCUGUGUUCCUCCCACCAGAGCAGCAGGAUUUGGUUCAGCAGGUCUUGAGUGUAAAGAGCCUUGUUGAUAAAGUCCUCAAUUAUCGCUUUCUCAAGAAUGUGUACCCUCAGAGUAUGGUGGUACAGGUUGAUCGAGUGUGGACUAUAUGCUGUUACUUGGCCUGCAUGCUGCAUGAACCUAUGGGACUUCAGUGAAAAUGGAUCUUGAAGCCCAAAUACUAUGUGAGGGUCAUUAACUAAGAUGACAUGCUUUUAACCAAAGAUGAGAAGAAGAUUCCAUCAUGAAGCAAAGGAUGUGAAAUGCAUCUGCAGAGUCGGAAGAAAGACGUCUUUUCUAUAUGCAUGUAGCGUACUUUAGUUAAGGCAAUAAAUGGGCAUCAGUAGCUGAAUGACAUUCCUUUAAGGAUAAUAAUUAUUUAUAUAUAAUGACAUUGAGCUACUUUAUUGCAGUGAUCCAAAUGGAAAUUUCCAGGUAGUCUGUUGAU